AUGCAUCACUUCACUGGCAGGAGGCCCCGACGCCCGCGCUCCCGUCGUCCGCGGUGCCCGCGGCGUCCAAAGCUUAGCAUCGAUCACACUUACGACCCCAGCCCUGCCGCCCCUGCGACCCCAGCGUUGCCGUCCCUGCGACCCAAGCCCUGCCGUCCCUGCGACCCCAGCCCUGCCGUCCCUGCGACCCCAGCCCUGCCGUCCCUGCGACCCCAGCCCUGCCCAACACGGCGGCCAGUAACACGGCGGCCAGUAACACGGCGGCCAGUAACACGGUCGCCAGGAACACGGCGGCCUGUAACACGGCGGCCAGCAACACGACGGCCAGUAACACGGCUGCCAGCAACACGGCGGCCAGCAACACGGCGGCCAGCAACACGGCGGCCAGUAACACGGUGGCUAGUAACACGGUCGCUAGGAACACGGCGGCCAGUAACACGGCGGCCAGCAACACGGUCGCCAGCAACACGAUGGCCAGUAACACGGCGGCCAGCAACACGGCGGCCAGCAACACGGCGGCCAGCAACACGGCGGCCAGUAACACGGUCGCCAGGAACACGGCGGCCUGUAACACGGCGGCCAGCAACACGGCGGCCAGUAACACGGUGGCUAGUAACACGGUCGCCAGGAACACGGCGGCCAGUAACACGGCGGCCAGCAACACGGUCGCCAGCAACACGGCGGCCAGUAACACGGCGGCCAGCAACACGGCGGCCAGUAACACGGCUGCCAGCAACACGGCGGCCAGCAACACGGCGGCCAGUAACACGGCUGCCAACAACACGGUGGCUAGUAACACGGUCGCCAGGAACACGGCUGCCAGCAACACGGCGGCCAGUAACACGGCGGCCAGCAACACGGCGGCCAGCAACACGGCGGCCAGUAACACGGCGGCCUGUAACACGGCGGCCAGGUACACGACGGCCAGCAACACGGCGGCCAGCAACACGGCUCAUGGAUCCAUCUCGAUUUUACCGGAAAGGCGCAGGUUCUGAAAACGCUGAACAUGAUGCUGAUGAAAAUGGAGCAGAUAGUCCUGAUUCGGGAGAUUCUGCUGAUUCUUCCUCCGAUACCUGA